UCUGUUUGUAUUUAUUGACAUAAUGCAUUUUCAGAUGGCGAGCACUAGAAAAGUAAUUGAACUUUUCUAUGAUGUUGUAUCCCCUUACAACUGGUUUGCAUUUGAGGUCCUCUGUCGCUACAGAAGUGUCUGGAAUAUGGACCUUAAACUCCGCCCAGCCUUUUUAUCAGGCAUCUUACAUGGAUCUGGCAACACAACGCCAAGUCUACUCCCAAGAAAAUGUUCUUACAUGAGAAAGGAAAUGGCACGGCUUGAGCCUUACUUCAGAGUUCCUAUUCUUAUCCCUAAUGACCCCAUUGGAAGUAUGGUCAAGAAAGGCUCCCUGUCAGCGAUGCGCUUCAUCACAGCAGUGGACGAGAGCAGGGAUGGCGGACAGGCGGAGGUGGAGAACGUGUCCCGGGAGCUGUGGAAGAGGAUAUGGGGUCAUGACGAAGACAUCACCCUCCCGGCCUCACUCUCUGAGGCAGGUCUGAAGGCAGGACUUUCUCCUUAUGAAAUAGAGAAGCUUUUGCGACUGGCCAGCUCUAAGAAAAUCAAGGACAAGUUGAAGAGCACAACCCAGGAAGCAUUGGAUUACGGGGCAUUUGGAUUACCUUUCAUGAUAUGCCAUGUUAAAGGGCAGAAGGAGGCCUUCUUUGGGUCAGAUCGAUUCGAGAUCAUGGCACAGUGCAUUGGGGAGCAGUGGAUGGGACCUCAGCCGGACAAGAUGAGUGCGAAAAUGUGACCCUUGGUCACAAAAACCUUCGGUGAAAAAGAAUGAGCUAAUAUGAUUUAACCCCUUUGCGCAGAUUCCAAAUAUAGCAACUCUCCACACAUUUUUUGCCGUGUUCUAUUUUAAAGAUUUAUGCCUUACAGACUUGAGAAAUGGCUUAAAUGAAGUAAACACAUGUAGCAUGUACAAUACUACAGUUAUUUCAUUUUCAUAAUUUAGAAAUCAAGUGCUACAAAUAAAAUAUCAAUGUAGGUGGAAAUGUACAAAUUAAUGAAAUGCUGAGUGUCACAUGUAAAACAGGUUAACAUUUUCCGAAUUAGAAACUAUUUAAGUGCAAAAUCUGAGGGUGAUAUGGGCAGCUAAUAAAUCUAUGCAAUAAAAUAGAAGUAGUGUACCCUGGUGUCCCGUAGUGUCUCCAAAUCUACCCAAAAUGGCUUAAUUGUUCAUUUCUGUAAAUUAUAUAUUUUACUCCAAAAUAAACAUAUAUUAUACUCCAAA